AUGGACACCUCGGAGUUAAAAGACAUGAAACCAAUGGGUAAGAGAGAGAACUCGCCAACUUCAGUUUGUCAGCGGCAAGUGGCCACUGAGACCCUGAGCGGCAAUGCACCCACUGCUGGCACCGAGACAUUAGGUCUCAGCCAAGCUAAUUCAGACGCCAUCUUUACUGGAAGUACAAUCCAAGCAGAAACGCGUUUCGAAACCAGAAUUCCCAAUAUAUCGAAUUGGUUGUGGAACAUUGACCGCCCAUGGGAAGGAUUCAGGUCACCCAAUUCCCCAGACUUCAAGAUUGUACGGGACAAGACGGAGAAUAAUAUCAUGACUCAAGCUAAAUGA